AGGAGACUGUAUCACCUGACCAGGAGCCAGGAGGGGCAAUGGCGGCGCCCAUGCUGCGCUGGUGGUGUCUUGGAAGGCGUUGGCUUUUAGCCUGCAUUGACGGCGGUUCUCGCCACGGAAGAGGGGCUGCGAUUGGGUUCACGUCCAGCAGGAAAAGGGGACAGACCUCCGUGGCUCAGCAGCCCAUCACCUCCCAGAAGUCAAGGAAAGGUGAACAUGAAUGGGCAGCUGUGGUAGGUUUGGAAAUUCAUGCCCAGAUCUCUUCCAACUCUAAACUCUUCUCUGGAUCUCGAGUCCACUUUGCAGCACCUCCAAAUUCUUUGGUAUCUUUCUUUGAUGCAUCUCUGCCUGGAACUCUGCCGGUUCUCAACAGGAGGUGCGUAGAAGCGGCCGUGAUGACAGGCCUGGCACUGAACUGCUGCAUCAACAAGAAGUCCUUGUUUGACAGGAAGCACUACUUCUAUGCAGACCUCCCUGCGGGCUACCAGAUUACCCAGCAGAGGCUCCCGAUUGCUGUGAAUGGGAGCUUAGCGUACAGUGUGUGUGUGGGGAAGAAGCCGAGUCGGGUGAUCACCAAGACCGUGAGGAUCAAGCAGAUCCAGCUGGAGCAAGACAGUGGCAAAAGCCUCCAUGAUGAGCUGCGGUCUCAGACGCUCAUCGAUUUGAACAGGGCAGGAGUUGGACUUCUGGAAGUGGUGCUGGAGCCGGACAUGUCCUGUGGAGAAGAGGCUGCAACAGCCGUCAGGGAGCUGCAGCUGAUACUUCAGGCCCUGGGGACCAGCCGGGCAAAUAUGGCAGAGGGCCAGUUGAGAGUGGAUGCCAAUGUAUCUGUGCACCAUCCUGGAGAGCCUCUGGGGGUUCGAACCGAAGUGAAGAAUCUCAACAGUGCCAAGUUCUUGGCCAAAGCGAUAGACUCUGAAAUUGAGAGACAAAUCCAUGAACUUGAGAAUGGACGUGAAAUUCUGAAUGAAACACGCUCGUUUGACUACAAGCUGGGGUGCACCAUGCCAAUGAGAGACAAAGAAGGAAAACAAGACUACAGGUUUAUGCCCGAACCCAACCUGCCUCCCCUGCUGCUCUAUGACACCGAGUCUCUGCCUCCAGGCGCGGACCCACAGCAAGUGAUCAACAUUGACUGGAUUCGGGAGCAACUCCCUGAGCUCCCCAGUGAGACCCGGGAGAGGCUCAUUCAACAGUAUGGCAUUUUGCCAGAACACAGCUUUGCCUUACUGAAUGAAGUUGGCCUACUGGAGUUCUUCCAAAAUGUGAUAAAAGAAACUAGGGCAGAGCCAAAAAAAGUAACUAGUUGGGUCCUCAACAUUUUUCUGGGUUUUUUAAAGCAACAGAACCUUGCUGUCAAUGAGAGUCCCGUGACACCUUCCGCACUGGCUGAGCUACUCAACCUGCUGGACCGAAAAGCCAUCUCUUCCACAGCAGCUAAACAGGUGUUUGAGGAACUGUGGCGCAGUGAAGGGAAGACUCCCUCGCAGAUUGUUUCAGAAAAGCAGCUUGAACUGAUGCAGGAUCAAGAGGCGCUGGAACAGGCCUGCCACACUGUGAUGGAGGGGCACCCUCAAGUGGUAAUGGACGUGAAGAGGGGGAACCCCAGAGCUAUAAACAAACUGAUUGGGUUGGUCCGAAAAGCAACUCUCAGCCGAGCAGACCCAACUGCGAUAAAGGAGAUCCUGGAGAGGAAGCUGUCGCCAUGAGCCGUCCCAGGUCCCUCUGUGCCUGAGGAAGAGCAGGGCGACCGUGACUGAGAACCGGAGCCCAUGACACGUGCCAUCCAGUGGCUGGACAUGCCGGUGCCUCCCAGGCCCCAGCCACGGGAUGCCACCUGCACAGACAGCCCGGCUGCUCUUGGACAUCAGACUGGUUCCAGCUGCGUUGGUGGUAAAGAAACAGCACAUUUGUAGUGCUCGGUGAUGCGGAACUAAGUGAGACCCAGUUUCAGAGGCUGUCACCGUUCUAAGAGAACUUUUCAUCCGUUGGCAUGCAGUAUUUUAGACCUGAGAGUAGAGGAGUGGAGUGAAAAACCACCACAGAAUUGACACGUUGUGAACACACGUCAGUCUCAGGAGGCCUCAUGCGGACCGGAAGGAGAGUGUUAGUCUUCCUUACAUUCCCUCAUCCGAGGACUAAAAGUGACAUGGCCCGUUGAGCUCCCUAGGGAUCCUGGAAGGUAGAGGUCUGAGAAUUAAGUGAAAAAUUUUUUGAAAAACAGAACAAAAAACAAGUUUUCAAAGAGAUUUAAUGAAUAAAAUAUAUACUGGAAUAUCACAUAAAAAAUUAACUUACACUUCAAAGAUUGUGCAGUUGACAACUCCCUCUCCCCCCCACCCAGGCCAAAGAAAGAUAAAAAGGGGGGAAAAAAGCUGUAACAUUGAUUUGUUUUGCCUGGGAAGAAUAAGAUUAUAAGCUAGUACAUCAGAAUCUUGACCUUAAACAGUAAUUGUGAUGCCAUUGACAACAUCUUCAUGAAGGGUGGGCCGCCUUCACCCCGGUGCUUGGGACAGGCAUGCACUUCUCUCUCCUGCACCGGAGCGCCUCUUUGCGCCCUGAGUGCCUCUGUUCCCUCUGACUCCCCACACGUAGACCGGUUUCGCAAAGGCUGCUUUUAAAAAGCACAUGUCAAACUGGCAUCAGGAGAAGAACAGACUCUUCGGAGUCUCAGAUUUUGCACUGAAUCCCCUAGCUGCUAAGGAGAAUCCAAGCAUUGCCCUCACAGACGGGGCUGCUUUGGCAGCUGGGGGCCCUGGAGACGAGCAGACCUUCCUUAUAGUCAGUGUAGCAAUGAACCCGGCUCCCGCUGCCGGCCACUGCCCAGGACUUCCCUACCUCAGAGUGGCACGAAAGCCUCCCUCUGACCUAGCCCGAAAAGCAGAGACAGAAAGGAAACCAGUUGUGUGUGGUUUACUCCAGACAAGCAUGAAGAGGUAAGGUUUUAAACAAAAACUUAAAAAACCAUGAGAGACUCAGAAUAUUGUGAGAGGAGGUGUUCCCUCACCAGGAGGCUUUGUAGCCCGAAUGCAUUCUCUUCAAUACUGAAAACUAUGAGACCCAGAACUAAGAUUUUUUUUUUCCUUUUCCAGAGAGAAAGAGUCCAUUCUCUCUCCUCGCACUGCAAGUCUGAAUUGCAAAUAGGCAAGACAGUCUGAGACUGGAUUCUGGCAGGAUUGUUUUGUAAGAAAUAAUAGGGUUUGGUUUUGUUUUACAAACUCCCAUUUUUCACCAAAGAUCUGGCUUCUUGGACAUGAGACUUCACAGAAGCCACUGGGGCAUCUUUCCAGAUCAUUUUAAAAUCAAGGCCUUGCUUAAAUGGGUGAUGGGGGUGGGGAGGCAGCUGGAUGGAAACAGUUUACCAAAACUUCUACAUCUGAUGUAAACUGUGUCAUGAACUGAUCACUUCCAGAGAAAAAUGCCAUCAUGAGAACACCUGAUCUUUAUGGUGAUGACUGUCCAUCUCUGACAGCUGCCCCAUGGUCUCAAAUGCCCACUUCUGAAAUUCUGAAUAUUGGACAGUUAAUGUUGUUACAACUGCUAAUAAAAAAAGCGAAAUCAAAGCAUA